AUGGAAGCAGUAUUUGGCCUAGAUAAGCUCUCUUCUACAACUGUAAUUAGUCUAGCCACCCUGACAACCCUUGUGGCAGUGAUAUGGACCUAUAGAUUCUCACUACUACAGAGGAAGAAGCUUCCUCCAGGGAAAUUAGGACUUCCUUUCAUUGGAGAGUCAAUAAGCUUCUUUCGAGCCCACAAGCACAACAACAUUGGUAAAUGGAUUGAAGAGCGUACUAUCAAGUAUGGACCAGUAUUCAAGACAUCACUCAUGGGUGAAAACGUGGUAGUCAUGACUGGUGAAGCUAGUCAUAGGUUCAUAUUUAGCGGCCGCGAUAAUGGGAUUGCUGCCAAGCUAGCAACUUCUGCAUUGGCCAUACUAGGAAAGAACAACAUCUUCGAUCUUUAUGGAUCUCCACAUAAGCUUGUUAGAAGUGCUAUAAUGAGCUUCUUAAAUUCUGAGUGCAUCCAAAGAUAUGUUAGCAAGAUGGAUUCUUUGGUGAAGGAACAAGUAUUGCAGGAGCUAAAUGACAAAGAGACUGUGCAAGUAGUACUACUGAUGAAGAAGAUUAGUUUCAUUGCUACGGCGAGUCUGCUUUUUGGAUUACCAGAAGCGAAGGAAAGAGAUGGAUUGUUCAAGGACUUUACAAUUGCUGUUAAAGGGAGUACCUUUCGAAAAGCAGUCCAGGCUCGAGGCAGGAUUUUCAAGCUGUUUACUAAUCUGAUCGCGGAAAGAAAGAGAGGAUUGGAAGAUGGAAGCAUGGGUUCUCAUGAUGAUGUUAUCCUGUGCUUGCUUAGUCUGAGAGAUGAAAAUGGAAAAACCUUGCCAGAUGAGGAGAUCAUCAACAAUCUCAUUGCUCUAAUGAUGGCAAGCCAUGACACCACUUCAGUUCUUCUAAGCCUUAUUGUCAGGGAACUAGCUAAAAAUGCCAGUGUUUACGACAAGGUGCUUGAAGAGCAAAAUGAAAUUGCUAAAGUCAGAUUAAUUGCAAGUGAUGGGCAGCUUGGCUGGAGAGAAAUACAGAAGAUGAGGUACACAUGGAAUGUGGCUCAAGAGCUCAUGAGGUUAACACCUCCAAUCAUUGGAAACUUCAGGCAUGCUUGGAGAGACACCACUUUCAACGGCUAUGAUAUCCCCAAAGGAUGGCAGGUGUUCUGGUUAGCUACUAGCACACAUUUGGACAAGAAAGUUUUUGAAGACCCAGUAAAGUUCAAUCCAUCACGAUUUGACACGAAUUCAAAGUCAUCAGUUCCUCCAUACACUUAUAUUCCUUUCGGAGCAGGGCCGAGAGUUUGCCCUGGUGCCGAAUUUGCUCGAACCGAAGUGUUGUUGAUAAUUCAUCAUCUGAUAACAAACUACAAAUGGACUGCAAUGGUUGAAGACGAGAUAGUCGUACGUGACCCCAUGCCCUUCCCAAACAAGGGCCUUCCAGUCAAGAUUUAUCCUAAGCACAACAUAUAG